UAAAAUUGCAGCAGGCGCAGAGAACUGAAGGCACGUCAAACUGAGAAAGCGGCAACCGAAAACGAUGAAUCACUGAGCUGACUAACAGAGUGGCUGCCUGCCUGCAGUAGGAGCAGCCGAGCAAAAGCCACCGCAAAGAAAGCUGCCCGUCCGCGCGCUUUCUUUUAAAGCGCCUCCUCCGCAUCCACCCCUCAGCCGCCGCCGCUGCUCCUCAGCCUCCUCCACGCUCCAUCUCACACACAGCUGUCGUGCUGCCGCCUGAGGAGCCGAUCGCGGCCAUGAAGAAGGCGGUGGCGGUGGGAGGCGGCAGGAAGGGCGGCACGGGCCCGACGGACCUGCUGGUCUGCUUCCCCGCGCGGCAGCACCUGGCGCUGAUGCCCAAGCCCAUCCGCAGCCCGUCCCGGACCACCGUGGACAAGGCGGCCGCGGCGCGCCGCCGCCCGGGCGCGAGCGCCGCUGCCGGCGGCGGGAAAGCGCGCGGGAGUAGCCCGAUGUUCCGGGGGUCGAAGUCGAAGCAGAGGGCGGAGGACGAGGAGGAGGAGCCGCAGUCGCCCAAGGUCACGUGCGUCGGCCAGAUCAAGGUCAGCCGGCCCAAGAAGGCGAAGCCGGCCUCGGCGGCGGCGAAGCAUGGCAAGGACGACGGCGCCAGGAGCUGGCUCACCGUGGUGGAGGAGAUCGAGCGGCUGCACGGGCGGCGGAAGAAGGUGGGGUGGCUCGAGACCCUCGGCAUCAGGCGGGACGCGCUGCCCUUCCUCGGCGGCGCGCUCCGGGGCCUGCGGCACAAGGCGCGCUGCUUCGGGUCCAUCCACGGCGCGGCGGCGGACUCCACCACCGACUCCGACGAGGACAACGGCGACGCCGAGGAGCUCGGAGGCGGGCGCCCCGGCGCCGGCGGCGGGAGCGCCGCGGCGAGCGUGUUCUCCAAGUGGCUCAUGGUGCUGGAAGGCGGCCAGGAGCCCCUGGAUCAAGACUGCGCCGGGGACGACGAGGAGGAGCGCGACCGAGACGACGACGACGAGGAGGGGCUGCAGCCGCAGAGCAAGGUGACGGACGAGAGCGCGGACGCGCCCUCCGCGCCGCCGCCCAACGCGCUGCUCCUCAUGCGGUGCCGUUCGGCGCCGGCGAAGGGGCUCUCCAUGUCCAGGAGAGGGGCCGGCGGUCUCCUGCCCGGCGACGUCGAGGAAGAGAAGGGGGCCGCGGACGCCUUGCCGGGAGACGGUGAGAGUGAAACAGAGGAGGACAAGCAGGAGCUGGUGUUCAUGAGCACGGCGCCGGGCUUCCUGAAGCUCUCAAUGGACAUCGCAAAGGAGACGUGGGUCGUCGGCGGCGGCAUGGACCCGCUCGCGAGGAGCCGGAGCUGGAAGAGGUGACCGCCGGUGCGCCACCACGCGCUGCGGCUCGACGCCAGCGAGGAUGCUAGCUCGUUGUAUAGAUAGAUCGCAUCGCCGGUGUAUGUGUUGGAACAUGUAUAAACUCGUGCGAAGUGAAUGUUGACAUAAUCUUAGAAUGAUUUGCAAUAGGAACUUGAUACGAAAUUCAAGUGAAUCCAGUGCGUUUCGCGCCGAGAUCCUCCGAAAAUCAA